CUUGCAUUGAAGUGUGUUUCAGCAGAUGCGACGGGCCUAUGGGAGAGUUCAGAUCCCCUGGGGACCGAAGGUAGAGUGGAGCGCAAGGGUCAGGUCUUCCUGAGACCCGCCACUGUCAGAUUGAAUGGUCCUCCUGUUUAAGGCAAGGUUUGGCUUAGGGAUGCCACUUUAAAAUUGGUUACAUCCUCACUGCGGGAACUGUAAAGGAACAGUCUGCAGUCCACAUCCGGGGCUUCUUUUUCAAGAAUAUGUGAGUGAUUUUUACAAUAUUGUCUACAUUCAUAUACAGGAUUAUUUAUAUUUUAUAAUACUUUAAUUUAAAUAUGAUGGUGAGUUUUGUUUGUGGUGGGAUCUAUUUCCUAGGAUAACCUCAAGGAUAAAGUUAGCUCCAUCAAAAAGCCAUCGAUUUAUUGUGGACAAAUAUUACUGACGUUAAAAGUGUCAUUUAUCUAAUUUAAGAGUAGACUAAGAGAAUUACCCCAUCACAUCAAUUCAGUACAGUAGAUUCUACUGUAUGGGUUUUGAUUCUCAUAAUUAGUACUGUUUUGUUGUUAUUUUAAAAUGUACGGAUAGCGAGGGGCACACUCCAACACUCACAUAAUUUACAAAUGAAGCAUUUGUGUUUAGUGAGUCCGCCAGAUCAGAGGCAGUAGGGAUGACCAGGAAAUGUUCUCUACACAUGUGCAUGAAUUGGACCCUUUUCCUGUCCUGUUAACCAUUCAAAAUGUAAUGAGUACUUUUGGGUGUCAAGGAAAAUGUAUGGAGUAAAAAGUACAUUAUUUUCUUUAGAAAUGUAGUGGAGUAAAAGUAAAAGUUUGUCAAAAAUAUAAAUAGUUAAGUACAGAUACUCCCAAAAACUACUUAAGUAGUACUUUAAGUAUUUUUACGUAAGUACUUUACACCACUGAUGUGCACAUUAUAUUAUUUAAUAUGGUAUGAUUUUAUUUGUUUGGAUAAUCGUGAAGUUAAUCUAGAUUUUUUUUUACGGUUCAUUAAUAAUUAUGUGACUCCUUCGAUACCGAACUGUGACCAAGUUAUUAUAGGCACUUUUCUGCCCAAUUGCCUGAUUAGACUUGAUUUCAUAUUAUUAUAUGACAUAAUAUAAUUCCAAAUGGAAAAGUACAUCAUUUUUAAAGUACAUAAUUUUUAUAGCCUAUUUGAUGCUGAUUUAUAGUCCUGUAAAAUAUAUGAUUGACAUGAUGGGUAUUAUUGCGGUUAUAUGUAAUCAAAAUGUAUCCUAUAAUCAAAAUAUUGCUGUUAUUUUCUAUUAUUGACAAUUAUUGUUGUUUUUUUGCAUUUGAUUUGAAUAAGCAUAAUCUUACCAAGUCUACAUAAAGUAAAACAGUGCACUGUUCCUCUCUAUAAGUUAACUGUGAAAAAAUGGCUAACAUUUCAAUUAUAUUAUAGUUUAUCUUAUUGUACUUUUGCAGGCACAUAUAAUCCCUGACACAUCACAUUUUGAAAAUGCCAGCCUUCAAAGAGAUGCUGGUUUUCCCAGUGCUUCUAGCUCUCGUUGGAUUGACCAAAUGUCAGGAAUUACCAAGUAAGUAGGCCCUACCAUAAAUUGUUUUAUUUCCUGUUUAUUGAGGGUCUAAUAAUAGUGGUUGAUUGAUUUACAGCUUUUCUCAAGACUGUGCCUAUAUUUUCUUUCUGUCCAAUGUUGGCAAAGUUGGUAGGUGUGGGAAUUUAUGAACAGUGGUCCAUGCAAUGCAAUAUCAUUUUAUCUCUAUAUCUUGCGUGACCAGCAGGCGGCAGCACUGGCACAUAAAACCAUUGCACUCUUAGAGGAACACACAUCCUUCUCCUCUUGAGUAUUUCCUGCAGUCAGUCUGUGAUUUAGGCUUAAGAGAAUGUAUCACUACCAACCCUAACUGCCAUCAUUGUGAAGUCAUGAAAACAUCCAGACUUCCCCUUUUCUGAAUGAAAUGACUCCCAUAGAAUUAGGAAUUAGAAUAAUUUAAUCUAUGAUGACACCCUUCAACUGUGGGAGUGAGAGUCAUGAUAGUCAACUACAUUCAUGUUGUGCCAAGUGUACUGUCAUUUUGUAGUGAGUAAUCAAUUACACUGUUCUAUGUGUCAGUUACUGCAAAUCAACACUGAUUGAACAAAUAACUAUUUCACUAAACAUUAGAUUGCAAAGUUUGCUGCUGUUGAAUACCAGUAACAUGAAUACCAAUAACCAUUGUUUGAUUGAUCAUAUUGUUCGAUAGAUCACUUUUUGAUUUAUUCAACUUUCCAGUUGUCCACAUGCCCACCCCCACCUACUGUGUGACUUCUGAAAUAAUGUGUUUCAUCCAGAUCCUCAUCGUUCACUGCCUUACUUUAACUGUCAACACUAUGAACAUCACAUUGGUGAAAAACUGAGCUGUGUGUUUUUGCUCUGAGGUUAUGACAUGCUAGAGGAGUUCCGUGUAUCUAAGUCCAGAGGGGUGAAGAAAGUGGUUGGAUCUGAACCUGAUUCAGUGGCCUACCGUGUGAACCCUGCCAUCCACCUACGCAGAACCAUAAGGUACUAUCUGCACGCACACAGUGAAGCGAAAUGGAUUUCAAUAGAAUGGAAUUUGAUUGUGAGGUUUAAAAAUAAAACAUAUGUUAAGAUUAGAAUCUCAGAGGGUAACAGUAACACACAAUAACACAGGAAAACAUUUAUUUCCAAAGUGGUACGGAGCGGAACCUUCCUGAUAUUCAAUCUGAACACACAGGCCUUCAAUAGACCAGUGGUGCAUUUAGAGAGGCACAACAUUGUGGAACUUGUUGUUAUAGAAUAGACAUUGCCUCACUAACAUGUAGAGUAAGUCAUCAUAUCAGCUGUAUUCAUGGUGUUUCUAUCUGCAACAUCCAUGUUGAACCCUUAAGGAGACCCGGGUGCUCUACCUCCAUCAAUAUGUGAUAAAAAGCCCAGACUUUGUCAUUCCUCCUCACUGAUGGUGAAUGAUGAUGUUUAUCUUAAGGUUUCCUACUUUCCUCGCAUGUGAACUAGCCAACGUGAGCUAAGACCAUGCAUCCAAAUGAGAGAUCUAUAGCGAUGUGUAUUGCUUCUUCACUGCCCCUUUGCCAGUUUCCACCGCUUUUCCACUCAGUGUAAUUAUGCCCACUUCCAAACAACAGAUUUGAUUUCCUCUCCUCUGCGAAAACCUCAAAAUGUGCCUUUGCUUAAUCACUUGAUGUUCACCAAUGGACAGUAGGUGGAACACCACUGGAUUUCAUUCAGUCAUCACAAUGGAUGAAUAUAGUAGCUGACUCUUUGUUGAUUAGCAUAAUGAUGUGUUGUUAGUCAAAAUGCGUUAUGAGUCCUCAUAGUGUAUCAGCCUAUCAUCCAGGGUUUCCUUUGAAAAUAAAGACGUCAUCGUUCAAUUGGAAAAGGGGAGGGUUUUACCCAACCAUCCUCAAACCCUGAUUGACACUUUCUUAGCAUAGAUAGGCUACUACAUGUGAGUAUGUCUCAUCAUUGCUGGGAUGCAUCUGUGAACAUCUAAGUAGACAUGCUAUAUUUGUGGGCCGGCUUUUCCCUCUCUGUGUUGAUGAUGCACAAGGCUGUCCUCAUGAACCUGAUCGAUGCCAUGACAACUAGGAUGUGUUUUCUAUUGAGUUCCGAAGUUUUGUUAAUUAUGCCCUACUCAAACAACAGUAUCUGCGAAACAAAAGGCCCUGACUGAGUCCAUGGGAGGGAGAAAGAGGAUUUCAAUUCAGUCAUGGUGAAAGGUCUGUUUGUGAUUAAACAUAAUGGUAGAUUGAAUGAGCUUCAUUUUCCAACUUGGGGGGGGGGGCUUUGAAACCAUAAGCAAAAGUUGUGGGAUAAGGUAUCAAACGUUAAGCUUGUGUAACACUGAUUCUGUUGUUUCAAAAGUAUUUGUUCAUUUUAUUCAAAAUACAAUUGCACUACAAAUGGCAGUGCUUGUUCUACAUGAAAAUAUGAUGAAAUGUUUUCAACUAUAUUAAGUGUCUCCUAAUAACCCAUGAUUGUCGUGCCACAGUGAUGUGUACCCCGACGGCCUGCCCUCCGACUACUCCGUCAUUGCCACAUUUAAGGUGACGAAGGACGCCGCCAAGAGGUCCUGGAACUUGUGGCAGGUCAGCGACCCCGAUGGACGUGAACAGGUGGGCCUCCGUUUCCAGGGCGACACACGCUCUCUGGACUUCUUCUACACCAGCCCCCGUGGCACCCAGAUGCUACGCACCUUCCACCGGGUGGACAAGCUCUUUGACGGAGAGUGGCACAAGCUGGCGCUGCAGGUAAAAGGCAAUAAGGUCAAGCUGCUGGUGGACUGCGAGGAGGUGAGCGUGGAGCCCAUCGAUGAUCCUAGACCCGUCAUCCGCCAGGGUUACACCUCCAUCGUGAAGAGGGCUGUGGGAGAUCGCUCCGCCUCAGUAAGUUCUGUGCUGUUCAGACCAAAUCAUGCUGGGUUUCCUACAGUAUUUUGCAGUUGUGUCUAUGAAUCGAUCAUGGCGCCACGGUCAAUUCAGCGUUCAUAUGAAAGCCCACUGACCAUAAUAUCUUGUGUCCUGGUACUGUAGGUAGACCUCCAGCAGAUGGAUGUGUCCUGUGAUCCAGAGAUGGCCUACUCAGAGGGCUGCUGUGAGCUCUCCAGUGUGGUGAGUUGGGUGUGACUGCUAGCGGGUUCAUGUUCGUCAGUGACAGAUAUGUACAGUACAGUAUGUCUUUAAAUCCAGCCUGUUCUUUAAUUGUCUCCCAUAGCAGUGACUAUGUUCUCCUCCCAAAUGUGUGCUGUGGGUUCGUGUGUUGUCUCUAGGGAGUGGGGAUCAGAGCAGAAUAACAAUUUAUGUCUCUGCAGAUGGACUGUCUAAUCAAGUUCUCUACUAUUCUAUUCUGUUUAGUGUGGAGGGCAUGCUGAGAUUGGCCUGACAGCAGGAAGGGCCACCUGUAAGUGUCUGCACGGACAGCCUGGCAGCCAGGGACCCCCAGGACCAAAGGUGACUACUAGUCCCAUUACAGUUCCCAUAACAGCACCACUGCUUUGAAUAAUGAGCUGAGAGCCGUUAGCCUGGUGGUCUAGUCUGUUCAGUCUGCUGUCAGCCAACUCCUCUCUGUGUUUGUUCAUUGGCAAUGAUAGAUAAAAGAGCACAUACAGCAUUAGACCAGGCUGGAGAGCCAACUUGGCAUGGCUGGCUUGUGGUCCAGGCUAAUGCUAACUACAACCGUAUGUCUCCUUCUGCAGGGUCACAGAGGUCUCCCAGGCAACACAGGAGAGCCAGGAAGACUAGGCAACUGGGUAAGGGCAUUACAGCACAAUUCUCACUACAGUGUUAAGUUGAACUGUGUUUAGUGAGGGUCAACAACUUAGAACACUAAUGAGUGCUAAUUGUCAUUCAGAAUGUAUGCUCUCUGUUGGUGUUGUGGAUUUUACAGUGACAGACGUUUAUAUGUUGGGCUAUAGGCCCCGGAUUGACUGCAGAGGUUGGUACAGUAAAGAGUUAAAUUGAACGUUAAUGAAAUAGGAAAACCCCUGCUUGCGGGACAGCAGUGAAAUUGUGGAAAAUACAAUGGAAGCAUAACUGAGAGACGGCAUGAUGGGAACAGAAGCAGAAACAGUGCCGUCUAUAUAGGGUAAACACUGGGCCACCACUCACGUUGGGACGACUGAAGGCCGUAUGCAACUGUCCCGGGGGAACAUCGCACGACAAUGAACGUGAAGUGGAAGUGAUAAUAUAACUUUUAGAUCAAUAUGGCAAAGCAUCAUAGACUGUCUGGUUUCACUUUAACAUUAGGAGAUUCAUACUUAAGAGAAUGAAUCCUCAGCCAGUGAAAGCAGUCAGUUGAGUAACAUUCUAAUGAUGAAUGUUGUAUUACUUAUUACAGUAGCUUGUUAUGUUCUCAUACAUAUGAAUCAUUGUUUCGUCAUAAUUUCAUCAUCAUAGUCAUCAUUUCAUAGUCAUCAUUUCAUAGUCAUAGUCAUCAUAGUCAUUUACAUUUUAGUCAUUUAGCAGACGCUCUUAUCCAGAGCGACUUACAGUUAGUGAGUGCAUACAUAAUUUUUUUUAUUUUUCAUACUGGCCCCCCGUGGGAAUCGAACCCACAACCCUGGCGUUGCAAACCAACUGAGCUACAUCCCUGCCAGCCAUUCCCUCCCCUACCCUGGACGACGCUGGGCCAAUUGUGCGCCGCCCCAUGGGUCUGCCGGUCGCGGCCGGCUACGACAGAGCCUGGAUUCGAACCAGGAUCUCUAAUGGCACAGCUAGCAUCAUAGUCAUCAUAGUCAUAAUAGUCAUCAGUAUCGUACUGCUGCCUUUCAUCUACAUAGCACUCAGCGCUCUAAAUGAAGAAUGCUUUGUCAUUGUCAGAAAACUGGAGAGAGUUGAGAACAGAACACCUCUUAAAAUGCAAUCGAGAACCAUCCAGCGCAGAGCAGAGGACAACAUGUUUACUAAGCAGUUUAAUUAAAGGGCAUGGCAUACUCACUGCAUCAGGAUUCAAUUACAUAUUUGACUAUGUGAACAUAACCCUCCCUGCUUGUAGGCUUCAGGCAGUAGACAUGAUUAGUUCCAUUUGAGACUGAGUUACAGAUGUAGGAUCUUAAUUUGAACCAGUUUGCUACAGCAGGAAAAUAAUCCUGCAGCAACAGGAAAUGUGAAUUAUUAUGAUGAUUAUAAUUAAUGGACAUUUUUGUAGGGGUUGAUACAUUUUUCAUAAGGGGAAAUCAAGUCUGAAAUUUCAAAGUGGAAAUUACAAACUUCAGAAGCCUUUUUAAACCAAUACACUACAUGUUUAAAAUGUCCUGCAUUGCAGGAAAGUUGUCAUGCAACAGGGUGAUCAAAUUAAGAUCCUACAUCUGUAAGACUAAUUUACCUCUUUGAUGUAGCAGCUCCAGCUCUUGGUGGUAUGCCGGAGCCACAACUCAGAGAACAGAGAACAUGUGACCAAUAGUGUGCAAUGCUGCUAGUGGGUCUUCAAUGACAGAGGACUUGUCUGUACAUGAGAAAUUAGUUGUUGGCUUGGCAUUUAACAUGCCCUUUCGGCUGUAGAGACUCUGGGUAAAAAUGUCCCAUAUACUACGCAAAGCGCACACACACACACACAUGCGCUCUCAUACACACGCGUACACACACACACACGCACAGACACACACACAUGGCCAUGCUGGGUACUCACUCACAGACAGGCGGAUGAGGGGGACAAGCUUGGGGGCCAAAAUCUGUCUUCUCAGACUCAGUGGAGCCCUCACCCCAAGCCAGUACGCAAGUCACAAAGAACGACCAUGUUUACUGCCACCCCUGCUGGCGCCUAAGGAGGGCAUUUCCUGGCUCGGAUAUAUAUGUACUGUCCAUCCCGGUGGGUGGUCCUUCCAUUGGUCCCCUGCCACACACGAAUCGCUUUUUAAAAAACACUGUAACGUUGUAAAGUUCACGGUCAUGCUUCUGGAUAAAGCGUCUAUCGUCUCCAAGGUUAGCCUCUUAGCAGCUGACAUGGAGUGGUCUCAGGUGAAAUGGUUAAAUAAACUGGUGCCAUGGCAUAGAUGACUGUUGGUCUUGUUCAAAGGUGUUGGUUGAGUAAGUGGAAUAUCCCCAAUUCAUAGGCCAACACGUUGUCUUACAUGAGUGAGGAUGUGGAAAUCUGUGUGGAAACACUAACAGAAUAAAUGUUUCAAUUUUCCCUUAACUAAGACACAUCUUUCCUCGGGUCAUAAAUUGUGGCCUACACUGUGUUAACACUAACUCCAUGUUUCAGGGGCUCAGCCUGUCGCCCACUAAUAAGAUCUUCGGUCUAAAGUAAACAUUUGACACAUCAUGAUGCCCAUCAUGUACUACUAGUUACCCCUAAUAGCCCAUGUUCAGAUUUCCUCCUUCUGGAAACAUCUACGCCUCCAAGGAAAUGUUAUGGUUAUUAUCAUAACUUCAAGCGCUUGGAUUGAUAUUGUAUGUUCCAUUUGAAAGCCACAAUGAAAUGCAUAUAACUUACUGUGAUGCCCACACCUCUGACAGUUUGGAGACUCUGUUUUAUAGCAUCAGUCAGAGACACAUUCCGCCGGCCAAGACUACUGCAUAACAGUCAUAAUGGACAGCUGGGACACGUCGCUCUAGUUCACCCAUGACAUAAUUGAUUAUUUCACAUCUAAUUAAGUUCAGUCGUAUGCUUUUGCAUGAACACUGCGUGAAACUGAAAAAUAGGAAAGUCCCUGCACUGAGCUUGCGUGUCCUACAUGACGCGAGUGCACAUUUGACUAGAAUUACAUAUUAUUUGAUGUAUCUUGGCUGACCCCCCAAGUCUCUUUUGUAACUAAUUCAAACGUCUCUUCUGCUGCAGGGAGGUAUGGGACAGACAGGUGACUAUGGCCACAUUGGGGAACCAGGCCCUAAGGUAAGACCCGACAUCUGACCCCGACCUGUAUCUGUCCCUGUUUCUGUGUUUGGUUGAGUUGUCAGAAGUCAUUAACUGUGUCUCCAUCAGGGCAUGGCAGGAAUCAGAGGAAACAAAGGGAUGAGAGGACUUCACGGCCUUGAUGUAAUCCACCAUCAAACACAUAUCCAUAAUCUCCUUAUCUGGUCUCUGAUGUCACUGUGCAGAUUAGUCCUAACGAGCUGCUGUGUUUCAGGGCGACAGAGGUCCCAAAGGUCUGAAGGGAUUACAAGGCGCCGGGGGCUUCAAGGUAGGUUGUGUUGUGCUUCGUAAUGGAGGAUAUGGUCUCUUCAAAUCUCAUAGGCUUCCAUUAGGCGUGUUAAACGCAGCAUUGUGCACAUUGCAGAGCCAUAUAUACAUAUACUGUAUAUAAAAUACAUAUGGCUCUGAGCAUAUUAAGUCAAUUUGAAAGUAACAACAUUUUUUACUUUUCAUGUGUUGCUUUGCUGAGUGCCGUGCUUGUACUAUUUAAUAGAAGAUUAAGAGGGUCUCAUUUGAAUGUUUUAAUAAUGAUUACAGGGAACUCAGGGGUCACCUGGAGAGCUGGGUGAGACCGGAGUACAAGGAGAAACGGUACGUUUUUCUAAAAAUGGGAGACAGGCUUCUUUUAAACAGGCAGCCCAAUUUUUAUAUUUUUCCACAAAUUGGUCUUUUGACCAAUCAGGUCAGCUCUUUUACCAAAAAGAUCAGAAUUGGACUGCCUGUGUAAACGCAGCCAUAUUGCAUUAUACUAGUGAUCAAUCAUCAUUCACUAACUUCUCUGUCUUCUUGAAGGGUGAUCCAGGUCCACUUGGAUAUGAAGGAAUUCCAGGAUAUACAGGAGUGAAGGUGAAUAUCAUUUAAUCCACCAGACAUUCUUAUUUCUCCAUGUUCUCUCCUAUGAAUUAUUAAAUGUUCAAUAACAUUGUAUGCUUGUAUUGUUUCUAGGGAGAAGAAGGGGCCUCCGGUGUUGAAGGACCUCCUGGGCCACUGGGAAAGCAAGUAUGUUAUGGGGCCACAUCACGCAUGUUCACACUAAACCCCACUUGUUAUAAUAAUAAUACUGUAUCUACAACCCAGUGUUCAUUUUGGCACUAUUUUUUAGAUUUACUCUAGUCUUAGUCACAUUUUUGUCCCUUGAAUAAUGAUUUAAUCUAUUUAUUGUCAAAAUGACGAAAACAGUGGGCCAUUUUAGUCAACUAAAUGCCCUUUUAUUUUAGUCACAUUUGAGUCGCAUUACAUUUGUAUUGCCUUAUUAACCUAUAGUCAUAGCCAUGGGAAGUAGUUUGGGGGGGGGGGGGGGGGGGGUGGACAAACUUUUUUGCCAGCGCUGGCACUGCAGACAGAUAUAUCGGUCUGCUAAUACAGGACUAUUAAAGGCCCAGUGCACUACUUUUAUAAAAAAAUAUUUUUUUCAUUAUACAUUACCAGUCAAAAGUUUGAACACACCUACUCAUUCAAGGGCUUUUCUUUAUUUUUACUAUUUUCUACAUUGUAGAAUAAUAAUGAAGACAUCAAAACUAUGAAAUAACACAUAUGGAAUCAUGUAGCAAGCAAAAAAGUGUUAAACAAAUCAAAAUAUAUUUUAUAUUUGAGAUUCUGAUGACAGCUUUGCACACUCUUGGCAUUCUAUCAACCAGCUUCAUGAGGUAGUCACAUGGAAUCCUUUUCCAACAGUCUUGAAAGAGUUCCCACAUAUGCUGAGCACUUGUUGGCUGCUUUUCCUUCACUCUGUGGUCCAACUCAUUCCAAACCAUCUCAAUUGGGUUGAGGUCAGGUGAUUGUGGAGGCCAGGUCAUCUGAUGCAGCACUCCAUCACUCUCCUUCUUGGUCAAAUAUCCCUUACACAGCCUGGAGGUGUUUUGGGUCAUUGUCCUAAGCGCAAACCAGAUGGGAUGCCGUAUCGCUGCAGAAUACUGUGCCUUGAAUUCUAAAUACAUCACAGACAGUGUCACCAGCAAAGCACCCCCUACUCUGCGUCUCACAAAGACACGGCGGAUGGAACCAAAAAUCGAACAUUUGGACUCAUCAGACCAAAGGACAGAAAUCUACCGGUCUAAUGCCCAUUGCUCAUGUUUCUUGGCCCAAGCAAGUCUCUUCUUCUUAUUGGUGUCCUUUAGUAGUGGUUUCUUUGCAGCAAUUUGACCAUGAAGGUCUGAUUCACGCAGUCUCCUCUGAACAAUUGAUGUUGAGAUGUGUCUGUUACUUGCACUCUGUGAAGUAUUUAUUUGGGCUGCAAUCUGAGGUGCAGUUAAUUGCCGAUUUCGGAGGCUGGUAACUCUAAUGAACUUAUCCUCUGCAGCAGAGGUAACUCUGGGUCUUCCUUUCCUGUGGCGGUCCUCAUUACAGCCUGAUUCAUCAUAGCGCUUGAUGGGUUUUGUGACUGCACAUUAAGAAACUUUCAAAGUUCUUGAAAUUCUCCGUAUUGACUGACCUUCAUGUCUUAAAUAAUGAUGGACUGUCAUUCCUUUUUGCUUAUUUGAGCUGUUCUUGCCAUAAUAUAGACUUGGUCUUUUACCAAAUAGGGCUAUCUUCUGUAUACCCCCCUACCUUGUCACAACACAACUGAUUGGCUCCAACGCAUUAAGAAGGAAAUAAAUUCCAUAAAUUAACUUUUAACAAGGCACACCUGUUAAUUUAAAUGCAUUCCAGGUGACUACAUCAUGAAGCUGGUUGAGAGAAUGCUAAGAGUGUGCAAAGGUGUCAUCAAGUAAAAGGGUGGCUACUUUGAAGAAUCUAAAAUCUUUGUUUAACACUUUUUUGGUUACUACAUGACACUUUUUUGGUUACUAUAUGUGUCAUUUCAUAGUUUUGAUGUCUUCACAAUUAUUAUACAAUGUAGAAAAUAGUAAAAAUAAAGAAAAACCAUUGAAUGAGUAGGUGUGUCCAAACUUUGGACUGGUACUGUAUAUAUUUGUUAUUAUUAUUAUUGUUAUUAUUUCUUUUACAGGGGGUGCUGCAGCACUCCUACUUCCGCGGCUAUGCCUAUAGUAAACAUAAAUCACUGACCUCCAUGUGCACAAACAUACAUAACCUUGUCUUACCAACAGAUUGUUCUGCCUAACAUCAUCCUAUUCUCUUCCCAACAGCAGAAAUAUGACAUAGAAUAUAUAAGAAUGAUCUGGCCAUGUAAAUGAUUAAUUCAGCCUAGAUAGAUGUUACAUACAAAACAAACACACACACACAAGUGCAGAGAGAGAGAGAGAGAGAGAGAGAGAGAGAGAGAGAGAGAGAGAGAGAGAGAGAGAGAGAGAGAGAGAGGAGAGAGAGAGAGAGAGAGAGAGAGAGAGAGAGAGAGAGAGACAGAGAGAGAGAGAGAGAGAGAGAGAGAGAGAGAGAGAGAGAGAGAGAGAGAAGCUCAAUCACCUCAAAGUGACUCAUCACUCAUUGCCAUUGUUAUCAACGUUCCGCAGACAGCUCAGUCACACUGAUGUCCAGAAGUAGAAAGGGGCCUAAUGACUUUGAUCAGGUGCUAGUGACUGUUUAGCCCAGUGAUGUAGUCGAGUCACUAAACCUUGAGUUCGAAUCGAGUCAUAAGUCCCCUGUGCUCGAGUCUGAGUCCAAGUCCGAGUCACCAAUGGUCAAGUCACGAGUCGAUUCACAAGUCCCUAUGUCUGAAGUCCGAGUCCCAGUGCUCAAGUCUGAGUCACUGGGUCCACAUUAACUCAAAAUAAAGUUAUUUACCCAGUCAGAUAUAGUGUAGUGGUAAGAGGUGUUAUUAACCAGUCAGAUAUAGUGUAGUGGUAAGAGGAGUUAUUUACCCAGUCAGAUAUAGUGUAGUGGUAAGAGGAGUUAUUUACCCAGUCAGAUAUAGUGUAGUGGUAAGAGGAGUUAUUUACCCAGUCAGAUAUAGUGUAGUGGUAAGAGGUGUUAUUAACCAGUCAGAUAUAGUGUAGUGGUAAGAGGAGUUAUUUACCCAGUCAGAUAUAGCGUAGUGGUAAGAGGUGUUAUUAACCAGUCAGAUAUAGUGUAGUGGUAAGAGGAGUUAUUUACCCAGUCAGAUAUAGUGUAGUGGUAAGAUGAGUUAUUUACCCAGUCAGAUAUAGUGUAGUGGUAAGAGGAGUUAUUUACCCAGUCAGAUAUAGUGUAGUGGUAAGAGGAGUUAUUUACCCAGUCAGAUAUAGUGUAGAGGUAAGAGGAGUUAUUUACCCAGUCAGAUAUAAUGAAGUGGUAAAAGGAGUUAUUUACCCAGUCAGAUAUAGUGUAGUGGUAAGAGGAGUUAUUAACCCAGUCAGAUAUAGUGUAGUGGUAAGAGGAGUUAUUUACCCAGUCAGAUAUAGUGUAGUGGUAAGAGGAGUUAUUAACCAGUCAUAUAGAGUGUAGUGGUAAGAGGAGUUAUUAACCCAGUCAGAUAUAGUGUAGUGGUAAGAGGAGUUAUUAACCAGUCAGAUAUAGUGUAGUGGUAAGAGGAGUUAUUUACCCAGUCAGAUAUAGUGUAGUGGUAAGAGGAGUUAUUUACCCAGUCAGAUAUAGUGUAGUGGUAAGAGGAGUUAUUUACCCAGUCAGAUAUAGUGUAGUGGUAAGAGGAGUUAUUAACCCAGUCAGAUAUAGUGUAGUGGUAAGAGGAGUUAUUUACCCAGUCAGAUAUAGCGUAGUGGUAAGAGGAGUUAUUUACCCAGUCAGAUAUAGUGUAGUGGUAAGAGGAAUUUAGUCAAUAAAUGGUUUGCUAUCCCUUUUCCUUUCUUUCUGUGCCACCAAAUGUUUGCAUAUAGGCUACUGGUAAUGUUACCAUGGCUACGUUCAGCAGGCUACUGGUAAUGUUACCAUGGCUACGUUCAGCAGGCUACUGGUAAUGUUACCAUGGCUACGUUCAGCAGGCUACUGGUAAUGUUACCAUGGCUACGUUUAGCAGGCUACUGGUAAUGUUAUCAUGGCUACGUUCAGCAGGCUACUGGUAAAGUUACCAUGGCUACGUUCAGCAGGCUACUGGUAAAGUUACCAUGGCUACGUUCAGUUGAAAAACAUCAUCACACCUUUCAGAUAGAAAUUCCAUGAAUAGGGCUGACGUUAUUCCUUAUUCAACAUGUCAGAGAGACGUAUUUGUUCUACAUAGCAAAUUUAUAUCUGAACAUUCCAGAACGUUAGCUAUAGCUAGCUAUGAGGUACCAUGACUGAACAAGGUGUAGCCUAAACAAAUGGUUAAUGGUCUGGUCCGCAAGUAGCCUAGUUUUAGAACAGCCUGAAAUAUGCUUUAUGAAUGUAAAAUGCGGCCCGCAAAUGCACGAUAUAAAGACAAAAACGUAGUGCCGGUAUUAUGGGUAAUGUCUUUUGAACAGUAGCCUAAGGGCUAGAUUCAAGCAAUUUUCUCUGAGGAAAAGAGGGAGACUUGGCUACGUUGGCUACAGAACCUGUAUAUAAAAUGCAGUGGGGAAAAUGGGAGAUUUGAGCGAGACUACAAAUUCAAAGACAGCCUACUUUCUAUACUCAAGGGAGAGAAAAACGUAGCUAGACUGUUGUUUUACUAUUAAACUCAAUGCUGCUAUUGUUUUUAAUUUCGUAAAGCAGCUUGUGUUUCUUAACCAGGCAAAGGGUAGCUAACUAGAAGGCUGGUGGUGAAGCAAGAGAGUCGCCUGCGCAAUGUGUAGGCUAUAAUCGGAUGUGGAGGCAGAGGCGGAGGCGGAGGCGGAGCUGGAGCUGGAGCCUGUCUGCUCACACUCUUUGCUUGCUCCCAUGCGGCUCACCAUGUAGGCUGUGUUUGCCGGGUGUGAUGUGUCCUUCCCACUGCUGAACAGAACUGCGCUGCACAUCUGUGCAGCUUAUAUUAAUUGUGCUUAUCACUGAAAGCUCUCAAUCUCUCCAAAAAGUAUUGUCCAGUCCAUUUAGUAGUCAGAUUUUAGUCACAGAGAUAAUUUUGUCUUGUCUCCUUUUAGUCAGCUGAAAUGAAAAAGUAUUUUUGUUUAGUUAUAGUUUUUUCAGGGUCUAUAUAGUCAGUUAUAGUCUUGUCAAUUGCCACUGAAAAAUAGGUGUUUGACAAAUAUUUUAGUCACUAUUUACCUCCACAAGCCUUCAUGCAUGCACACAGAGGAGAUUAAUAAUGUUUUAUGUUGAGAGGAGGCCAUGGCGGAAAAAUAUGUUUUGGCACUUCUGCUCCUUCCUCAAAUAACAUUUGUACCUGUGGCCAGGUUUGGGAUUAGUUUUAAGUACGCAAACCAUAGCAACACAACAAAUUGGGUUAGUAAUGGUAGCGCUUUCAACCCUAGUGAUUUCCUAGAGGGAGGACCAUCUGCAGGUCAGCUAACAAGGCAAGAACUGUCUUUCAAAUGUCUCAUAAUUCCACUGUAGAUGAAGAUGUCCUUAGUGAAACAUUAAAACAUCUCCGGUCACAACAAGCAGGAAUAAAUUGAAAGGAAAGUUGGUCUCAUUUCAGUGAAACAGAAUAAACAUGUGGUUUGUCUUUACGUUGUCUUGGCAGGGUGUUGUAGGUGAUCCUGGAGAGUCAGGAGCUGCUGGGGAAAAGGGAAAACCUGUACGUAUGGCACAUAAUCGCGUUUCUCAUUUCUAAACAUGCAAACAGUUCCUCCUCUGCUGUACAUUAUUCACCAACAACAACUAUAUAUAUAUAUAUAGUCUCAUUAUUCAACUUGUUUGUCAACACCAGGGAACCCAAGGAGCAAAAGGAAGAUAUGGCACCAUUGGACAAAAGGUGAAUUAUUCUGACUGAAAUGUCAACUUAAUCUCAGAGAUGAACAAGCAUGUGCCAACCUUUAGUAACAUCAAUAACAACUUAUCUCCACAGGGUAUUAUUGGAGAUCCUGGUUUGCCCGGUAGAGAUGGGGACAUGGGAAUAGAGGUAGGUUCACAGUCUUUUAUCAUCCAUGUUGCUGUUUACACUAGCAAUAAUAUAAAUAAUAAAUGCCAUUCAGCAGACGCUUUUAUCCAAAGCGACUAAUGCUUUGACCUUGUGUACGGUGUACAUUUAGGACAUCAGUAGCAUGUCUUAUACCCCUCAUGAGGCAUGAUGACCCAGGGAAUGUGCACCCUAUCUAUUGGCUGUAUCUGAUCUGUGAUAUCAUCCAUCCCUUCUCAAGGCUUAUCAAGGACCACAGGGCCCGGAGGGCAGAAACGGCCAAUUCGGAAUAAUGGUAACAGAACUAUCUCAUAAAACAAACAAUAAUUGUUCAUUAGUUGGAUUCAUAUACGGUAAUAAAGGUGUGUGGGUUUUACCCUCAACAGGGAGAGAAAGGAAUGCUGGGGCCGGCAGGGGAGAUGGGGCUUCAAGGCCAAACGGUAAGUACAGUCGUCUUUCACAUCUUCACACGUCUCACUUUAAGGAGCCAUUGAAUUUUGCAUCAUCAUGAUGAUGUGGCCGGUGACACUUUGCUUCUGGAAAGUCCAAUAUCUUGAAAACUUGACUGCUGACAUGCAAAACAUUUUGGGAAUGUAUGAAUAGUGGACUAAUGAAAAAUAUACCAAAAGAUAGUUUUUGACUGGAGUUUCCCUUUAAGAGAAAAUAAAGUGGCCCCUCUGCUAAAUGUAAGACAUGUUCCUCUCUCCAGGGCCCCAGAGGUUAUAAGGGAUCAGCAGCAAAGCCAGGAAGACCCGGAUUUAUUGGACCCCCAGGACCUGUCGUGAGUGUUCCGGAUGACUCUUCGUAAACUCUUUGAAAUACAAGUUAAUUCUCUCCAAACCACUAAAACAUGUUGGUUCUCCAACAGGGGCAUGUGGGAGUAGCUGGCCGGCCAGGCCCCAAGGUAAUCAACUUUAUUCACCUACUGUACUGCUAGAAGAGCAACAUGUAGGGAGUUCUAUAAUGAAGUGUGAUAGGACUCAAUUAACGAAGUCAAGUGUCAAGACAUUCAUUAGCCCUGUCCAAGUCUACACCUAGAUCACAUUACAUUGUCUUCACAUAUCGCUAUGAUCUCAAAGCUAAGGUGGAACUGGCGACCAAUACCUAUAUAAGUGUCAGUGAGUCUUAACUGAUUUGAUAAUGAGACUUGCUACUGUAUUCAACACAGUACCAACACUUCACGACUAUUACAACACAGUACCAACACUUCACGACUAUUACAACACAGUACCAACACUUCACGACUAUUACAACACAGUACCAACACUUCACGACUAUUACAACACAGUACCAACACUUCACGACUAUUACAACACAGUACCAACACUUCACGACUAUUACAACACAGUACCAACACUUCACGACUAUUACAACACAGUACCAACACUUCACGACUAUUACAACACAGUACCAACACUUCACGACUAUUACAACACAGUACCAACACUUCACGACUAUUACAACACAGUACCAACACUUCACGACUAUUACAACACAGUACCAACACUUCACGACUAUUACAACACAGUACCAACACUUCACGACUAUUACAACACAGUACCAACACUUCACGACUAUUACAACACAGUACCAAAGAGGUCAAAUGAACACUAGCCCAGGGGUAGUCAACUAGAUUCAGCCGGACGAUUUUUGUCGGAGCGGAUGGUCGGGAGUCCACAACUAAGACCACAACUAAGCCCAUUUUUUUAAUACAUGGGAUUACUUCGGAACAGAUAAAUUAAACACAUUUUAGCCAAAUUCCUGGUGAUUUUAGUAUUUUUGAGCAAACCAACCCCCCUAUUUAAAAAAUAUAUCAGUGGAUGGCUGCCUUUUGCCAACUGCUGCACUAGACCUACUCUAGAUCAAUAUCCAGAGAUGUACACAAACAAAAUAUAUGUCCUUUCUGUGGUUUCAUGUGUCACCACUGACAGAGCUUCUGUAGCCCACUACCGCCCAUUCACCUGUCAACCACCCCACAUCAACCCCCAUGACCAGGGCAGAACAAACAAACAAGCAGAUGAUUCACUUAGUUCUCCCCACCUGAUUGGCUCUCCUGUUCUCUUUGAUUCUCAACUGGCUCUUAUGGCAUGUUCACAAGCUGUGACACACUGGCUUUCCCAGAGCCAUGACUCUUGUUCCAGAAUAUCCUAUUCUCUCCCCAUCUGGACCGGAAGUUAACGUAGGUGCUAAACUUCCCUCAGGAGUCUGUUCAGGGCCUGUUCUAGCUGUUUACUUGCCUGCUGAUACCUAACUCAAAGCUUGCGUUGUACUAUGUGGUCUGGAUGGGACCUAUUAUAAGUGUUUACAGCAUGGUUUUCUUACAAUCCUCUCAAUCACAUGUGCGUUAUUAUUAGACAAUCAAUGCUUCUGUUUAUGCAUUAGGAAACAUGUAAAGUCUCCCUUGCAGAGUUAGAACAAUGCAGAUUCCAUAGAACCCCUGAUGUAGUUAGAUCAAACAUCUGACUUUCAACUCGUUUUUGAAGUUUGAUCCUGUCUGAUGUGAGACACACAUAGCACACUCCAUGUUGGUUGCGUCAUUAGUUGGCUCGUAGUGGCGUCAGACUACAAAGUGUGUGAGUAGAACCAGGGGCUUUCCUGUUCUCUUUCCAGUGUCAGCUCUCAAAUCAGAAUAUAACCUAUUUCAAGAGCCUUUUCGUGCUGGCUUUAAAAGUCCUCAAAAGGCUCAACGGAUUAGGAAAUGUAUCAAUGGAUUAUAAGAUGUAAAUCAUUAUUUGUACAAACCUUUUUCUCAAAAGUCUGAAUCAUAUUAUUUCAUUUUAUUAUACACACAACUUCAAUAAUGCUUCAUAAAAAUAGAAAAUGUCAAACACUAAAUAGAAUUGUUGUGAAUUAGGCAUCGGACAGAUACAGUGUGUAAUUGUUAUGAAGACAUCAGACUGAUACAUUUACAUUUUAGCAGAAGCUCUUAACCAGAGCGAUUUACAGGAGUGACAUAAUUUUCACCUAGUCGGCUCGGGGAUUUGAACCAGUUGCUGGCCCAACGCUAUUAUUCGCUAGGCUCCCUGCCACCCCAUAGACACAUGGAUAUAUAGUUUAAAGGGAGACAUGGACCAGCCUACUGUUAAAAACAUAGAGCAUGUUGGAACAUUAGGUCCCCUAUAAACCAAAGUAGUUUCUGCAGUAUUUCUGAAGUACAUGUUCAUUUGCCAUUUGCCAUCCAUCAGGACAGAGGUGAAUGACUCUGGGGACAUAUUCACUACACGCACACACACACACAUCCUGACUAGACACACACACAUCCUGACUAGACACACACACACACACACAUCCUGACUAGACAUACACACACACAUCCUGACAAGACACACACACACACACACACAUCCUGACUAGACACACACACACACACACACACUCAUCCUGACUACACACACACACACACACAUAUACAUACACACACACAUCCUGCUCCUGGAUGAAAAGAAGAAGAAGAUGGUAAAGAUUUGCGGGCCAUCAAAGAGUAGUGGUGAUUAAUGGACGUGAGAGAAACGCUGUCCUAAAGAUCAGAUGAAUUAGAGUCAAAGUAGCAAAGAAAUGCUGUGUUGCGUUUCAGUCCACGAGGACUACAUGUUCAGACAGACAGUCUGUGAAAAAUAUGUUGUAAGUCAAAUGUGCCAGGGCGUUCUAAUCAUGUUUUGUUUUAAUUGUAUCUACCAGGGAGAUACAGGCAUUGAAGGAAUCCAAGGUAUCAACGGCGCAACGGUACUUAUACUAUUGCUUUGUUUUUCAUAUAUUCCAUUUCAUUAUAUUCAAUUGUAUCUACUUCAUCUUGAACAGUAUUCAUGAAGCCCAAGUUAUCUAACUGCACUCACUCUGGCAUUUCUUACUUUCCAUAGGGAGGAAAAGGAGAAAAAGGCCCCACAGGCGAGGUAAGAUAUACUUUCUUUGCUUUGUCGUGCCAUAGUCACAUAAAAUAAAAUGGAGACGACAGAGUCAUUGUAGUCAAGACUUGGAUUUCUACACAGCCAUAUCUGUAUCUUAUGUUUGUUUUAUGAGACAUUUUACAUAUUUAGCAGACUCUCUUAUCCAGAGCGUCUUACAGGAGCAAUUAGGGUUAAGUGCCUUGCUCAAGGGCACAUUGGCAGAUUGUUCACUUAGUCGGCUCUGGGAUUCAAACCAGCGGCCUUUCAGUUACUGGCCCAAUGCGCUUAACCGCUAGGCUACUGCCGCCACAAUGUCUAGUGAUGCUGUGUCUAGUUGCUCUACCAAAUGGGGACCGUGUGAGAGAGAUUGUUGUCCUGGGCAGCUUACAACCGUACCUAUCAGUAGGUUGUGUUUGUAUUACAGAACAUGUCCCUUGAUGCUCUGUCUGUGAUCUAGGUUGGAGAUGCGGGUGCACAGGGUCCCCACGGUGGUCGGGGGAAGCGUGGGCCAGGGGGCGAGCCUGGACGCACAGGCCCAGUCGGAACUAAAGGGGUCCGUGGCGAUGGAGGACCAGUCGGAUUUCAGGGGCCGCCAGGGCCACCAGUAAGUACAGAGACUGCCAUGUUCAGCAAGAUCUGAAAAGGUCAAGUAACUUACUUUGUUUUGGGCGAGUGCCACACAAACGUUUGAAAUCAAAGUAGGUCUAUUUAUUGACUAUCUGGGUCUGAAAUGGAAAAGAAGGAUGAAGCCAGUAUUAUCUUUACUCAACUGUGACUCACAUAGUAAAACACACAAAGUCACACAUGUAAUGGAUUACUCAUCAACACCUAGUCAUAAGAGAGACUGGAACCUGCUUUCAAUUGUGUUGUAUAACACCAAUACUACUGGCUCCCAUCAGUGUGCAUGUUACUGUAGCACUGACUGAUUCAUUCAAAACAAGGCACCAUAUUUCCAACCCGCAUUGCAACAAUAUGCCAGCUACCAGAGGAGGCUGGUGGGAGGAGCUAUAGGAGGACUGGCACAUUGUAAUGGCUAGUAUGGAAUGAAUGGAACGGAGUCAAACAUGUGGUUUCCAUAUGUUUGAUACUGUUCCAUUUAUUCCAUUCCAGCCAUUAAAAUGAACCCAUCCUCCUAUAGCUCCUCCCACCAGCCUCCACUGCCAGCUACGUAUCUUCUGUUUUCUUUGAUAAAAGAUAUGUAACAGAUACCCCACCCUAACCUCAUCAAAGCUGUUCUGACAGACUUACUCAUUAUAGCAAUUAGUAUUUAGUAUUUGAUUAGGAUCUCCAUUAGCUGUUGCCAAGGCAGCAGCUACUCUUCCUAGGGUCCAAACAGAGAAAAAACAUUACAUCAAACAAAACACUGUACAUUAUACACAUUUACAUUGCUCCAUUAUUACAUUACAAUAUUACAAUACUACAUUGUGUGUAGAAUGUGUGUGUGUGAGUGUGUGUCUCUUCACAGUCCACGUUGUGUUUUGAGGUGUUGUUUUAUCUGUUUUUUAAUUAUUUUACUGUUAGCUUGAGUUACCUGAGGUGGAAGAGAGUUCCAUGUAGUCAUGGUUCUAUGUAGUACUGUGUGUUUCCUAGCCUCUGUUCUGGACUUGGGGACUGUGAAGAGACCUCUGGUGGCAUGUCUUGUGGGGUAUGUAUGAGUGUCUGUGCUGUGUGUUAACCUAUUGAACAGACAGUUCGGUACUUUUAACACGUCAAUACCUCUCACAAAGACCAGUAGUGAUGCAGUCAGUCUCUCCUCUACGUUGAGUCAGGAGAGAUUGAUAUACAUGUUAUUAGACCAUGUGUGGAAACAAUGCAGUGUCGAGAAUGCUUGUAAAUGGUUUCUCAUUAGUGUUGUUGUUUUUUGUGACUCACAGCAACGGUUGCAUUUUUGUAUGGCUGUAAAUAUAUAAUGAGCCUAAGGAAAUAUUGUUGGCUGUGUUUUCUCACCGUUUGUUACAUACACCCACCCAUUUCCUCACAGAGCCCUGCAUGCUGUUGGUUGUGCCAGCCCUUCCUUACCCUAUCCUGUUCUGUUAUAUUCCUUAUCGCAUGUCGUCUUCCCAAGUGAUGGAUGCAGUCAUGAUUUGUUUCCACAGGGCCCAACCCUCUCCGCCCAACACGUGAUUGAGGUCUGCAAGAGAGUGGUGCUGGAACAGAUGUCCACCUUUGCCAACUCGGUGAAGAGGACGUGUGCCUCCGUGUGCCCACUCUACGGAGACGUCCCCAUGGGUGCCCCCGGUCCCCCUGGACAAAAGGGACCCCCGGGACCUCCAGUGAGUGUCAUGUGUUAGGGGUUACUAUGCAGUCAGUGGGUGUGUGUGUGUGUGUGUGUGUGUGUGUGUGUGUGUGUGUGUGUGUGUGUGUGUGUGUGUAUGGGGGGGUGGAAGCCAAAGUCAAUGCCUGGAAUAUUUCUUGUGCGAUUUUUAAUUCUUAGAAAUCCUCUAACAACUGAACAUAGACACUGUCUGGAGGAUUCCAUUAAUAAUCAUUUAAGCCUCAUCACACGUAUAGGUCAUUUUGCUCAGGAACACUGUUGAAGUGCACACUCCAUACGUUAUUGUGUUUCUGUGUCUCCCAGGCCAAGUAAAAUGCUUACAUAUUGGAAACGCUUGGAGUGAGAGAGCCGAAAUAUUUGGCAGUAUAGGUUGGAAUGAAAACAUUCUGACUUUCCACAUUCCCGUGAAGACAAAUAAGAAGUCGCAGACGAGGCACUUGCUCUGUGUUGAUCGGUUCUUGGAGGGAUUCACCAGCAUCCCUGGAGUGGAAAGUCUUUUCCACAAUUAUUAAGCAUUAAGACAGACCCUGUUCAGGUUCCCCAAACUAACAUUUUCUACCACAGAGUCUUUCUAGUUCAUAAAGCCACAAAUGUAUAAAAAUACUCCUGUCAAGCCCUGUGUUUGACCUGCGGUAACCAGCCAGCAAUCAGCAACCAUAAAUCGUAUCAUGUACUGUAAAUAUUGAAUAUUUUAUCUCUGUCAAAGCUCACCUCACUCAAGAGUCUUUUGGUUGUUGUGGUUCUAGGGUGGUAAUGGUAUUGCUGGUGUGAAUGGAGAGAUCGGACAACCAGGAUUCUAUGGGGAGGUUGGAGACGCAGGUCAACAAGGACAGCCAGGUGAGAAAUAUUGUACAAAUGAAUGACUGCCAGAACGAAUUUGAUCUCAGCAUUCCUUUGAUGCAAUAUCUGAAAAUGUAUGUGUCUAUAUGUUAGCCAUUGCUGUUCACCAUGACAGUAUGUUUAGAUUAGUCGUGUCUAUGACCUAACAAUACGUAUUUGUUGAAAAGUAAGCAACAAAACUGGUUCUUAUUUUGCCUACAAAUAUGCAAAGAAAUAACAUGACAACCAAAAGUUGAAUGGAGCAGACGUAACAUGCAUAGAUAACCAGAGUAAUAUAUAUAUAGAGAGAGUUGGGCCAAAGCGAUUUUCUGAUAGUUUUCUAAACCUAUGAACAUGUCCAGUGAAAGCAGAUAUGCAAUUUGUUGACACCACAACACAGUUCAGACUUGAAUACACAUUAUCCCUAAUGCUAAUCAAUUAAAAUGUCUGUUAAAUUCACUGCUCUGUCUUGCUUGUUUACAGCGGGUCAUUUCAUAGGGAACUGUCAGAGGCACUCUUGUAUUGUUACAUGAGCAAAAAUUCCAGAAUAAAGGUGCUAACAUGGCAGCUGUUCUAAAACCUGGCCGAACUCUCUCUCUACAUAUAUGGCUCUGGACAUAACUAACUAUGGCAUUGUGUGUGUUUUCGUGGGGAAUUAUAAGCUAUUGUUUUAGGGCCUAGCAUGACGUCACACUUAUGGUACUUUCCCCCAGCCAAACUAAUGAAAUCAAAGAAUAUUUACAAGGCGUUUUUAUACAUUUAUCCAGUGAUGAUCUCAGUAACACACAUGGUCGUUAAUCAACAUGAACAGCUUGUUCCUGUGUACCAGCUUAGUCCCAGGGGCAUGCAGAGUCAGGGGCGGUACAAAUCAUGUGUUUUCCUGCUGUCCUUCAUGCUGUGAAAACUUUGUGUCUGGUUCCUAGGGGAUCAAGGAGAUCAAGGAGAUAAGGGAGCAGAGGGCCAUGGCCUACCUGGCUAUAUCGGAGACCAGGGGCCAAAGGGUACCGCACCAUUUCACUCUUGCAUCCUUUUUAUUGUCUGACUAAUGGUUUACAGCAUAUCAAAAGGAAAUCCAACAAUAGCUUUGACGGGCCCAGUUCUAUUGUAAUCAUUAUAUAACAACAGAUGCCAGUUUCUUGGGAAGCAGAUGUUGCAUCAUUUCCUUUUUUUACAAUGACAUGUACAUGGGAAGUCAAUUUAAAGUCUACUGCAAACUCUCCAAGCUGUGUAGUAGUUGGUAGGCACAGUCAUUAUUUACCUACUCAAUAGGUAUUUCACCUUCUUUAUCCACCAGGCCAACGUGGAAGACCUGGCAGAGCCUUCAAUGGCACGCCAGGACGAGAGGGUGAGAGAGGCCAUGUAGGCCGGCCUGGACUAAGAGGUCACCCAGGACUCCGAGGAGUCCCAGGCGUGUGUCAGACCACUGGGUGCGCUCUGCUAAACAACGACACAACCAACGGAUCACCUCAGAAUGCACCCCAGAGGUUGAGAAGACACCCAUAGAGGCAAAGAGGAAACUUUUGACCGAGCUGUAUGGAUGUAUUAUGAAAGGGGGAGAGGAAGAGAGGGGGAGAGGUGGAUUGGGAGAGAGAAUAUAUUUUUUAUUGAUAAAUGUAUUCAAAUCAAAGUCUAAAUAAAUGCUUCAAUGUAAAUAUGCAUCCAAUCUCCACCCUGAAAGACUGAGAUACCCAUUUGACUUUCUCAAAUAAAUCUGUUGUAGAAACUUGUACUGUAGGCCUUAAAACAACACUCCAUUCUCAUGGUUCAUUUGAAAAAGACACCAAUAGCUACAGUAUAUUUUAUGUAAAAAAUUCUGAACGUUUAUUUGACACAUUUUAUUUAAACUGAUCCUAGUUGUCUUCAAAUGUCACUGUUCUUUAUAAUAAAAGUCCAAAAAUUAUUACUAACUUGUUUUACUAUAACAAUUGCUCCACUGUUUCUUUUUUAAUUAUCAUAUAUUAUUGAGCUGUGUAGAAUAUAAAAUCAAUUCAUAAUUAAACAAAUUGUUCAGCCAAGUGUUUAUCACAAUUCUGUCGAGGCAUGCUAGCUACCUAGAUCCAUAGCACUCAAACCCUCCCUCAAAAGACUUACAUAAUACUGGCAUGAUAAUGACCUAAAAUGUGUCAUUAACAUUUACUACACCUCAGUUUAUGACAGCCUCUGUCAUCAGAUACACCAUUGUUUAGGGCCACUAUAUGGCCAACGUGCUGUAAGCCAACAGUUACUGUUAUGGCUAGCAGUUACC